CUCGCCUGCUCGCCACGCGAUGGCCUCGCUCCAGGCAGAGAGUGCCGCCGGCGGCCCGCGGAUCCCGGCGACCCGCGUGGGGCCACCCACAGCGCUCCGCCUCCUCCUCCUGCUGGGGGCUAUCCUGAAUCCCCAGGAGUCCCUGGCUCAGAUUCUUACCACCCCCGGAAGCUUGGAGUCAGAAACUAUCCUGAAGCCCCAGGAUUCCCUGACUCAGUUUCUUACCACCCCAGACAGCUUAGAGUGGGAAGUGCCCACAGGGACAAUGAUGGACGAGUACAAUGGGAGCAUUUUACACUGCUGGCAAGACUAUAAGGGUUAUAUGGACUCUAUCAAAGAAGACUGGUGCGACUGGGCCAAAAUUAGCAGGCCUUAUAGCAACCUGCAGGAUUGCUUGGAAAAGAAUGCAGAAUACUUUGGCCUGGGCUUCCCCAAUGAAUUGGCAGAAGAGUUCAUCUUUAAGACUCACCUGACCCACUUUGCCAAUUGCUCCCUGGUGCAGCCCACCUUCUCAGAUCCCCCAGAGGAUGUGCUCCUGGCCAUGAUCAUAGCUCCCAUCUGCCUCAUCCCAUUCCUGGUCACCCUUGUGGUGUGGAGGAGUAAAGGCAGUGAAGCCCAGACCUAAGGUGGCAUGAGUUUCUCAGCAGCCACCUUCCUCCUUUCCCCUGCCACCACUAGAUCUCUCUCCCUGUCUCCCCACUUCCUUCUCUCACUCUCACUCCACACAGAGCCUUAGAUUGGUGGAAAUGGAGCUGGGUGGGGUCAUGGCAUAAGUUUUGUAAUUUUCAAAAUAAAAGGUUUCUUUUGUACACUGUC